UUUUGACUUUGCAUCUUGAUCCAAUCUUGACUCGCUGGUGCUGGGAAACCGGCUGCUGGACAUUGGAGGAGGAGGAGCGAGGACAAGCCAGAAGGGUCUAGAGCGUCUCUGCUGAGACGGCUUUUGAUGCGCUCAAGAGAUGCUGUUCUGUCCGUACUGCGCAAACAACUUGACAAUCGGUGAUUCGAAUGCAGAAGAAAAUCGAAAGGCCUGGAUAUGCCCGACAUGCCCUUAUCAAUCUAUCAUCACUCAGCAGAUCUCCAUGCGGACGCACAUGAAGAUCAAAAAAGUGGACGAUGUUCUGGGAGGAAAGGAAAGCUGGGCGAAUGUUGACAAAGUCGAGGCCGCUUGUCCCAAAUGCGAUUCUCGACAAGCGUAUUUCCGUCAGUUGCAGAUCCGUUCAGCAGAUGAGCCUAUGACCACGUUCUACAAAUGCGUCGAGUGCGCACACCAAUGGCGAGAGAAUUGAACUACCUCGCAGUGUCACAGCAUAAGACCAUUUCCGCACUCGUUCUCUCACCGUACAUCUCAACCAACCACUAGAGCUACAAUGUUGUACAUACACUACUGUAACAACAUACGAUCUCCAAAAGGAUCGCCGAUCAUGCUAUUCCAUGGCAUCCUCUAAAAGGUCCAUGA